GAGAUCCGCCUGCCUCUGCCUCCCGAGUGCUGGGAUUAAAGGCAUGCGCCACCACCGCCCGGCCGUGAUCUGUGUUUUUACUGUUGGUAAUAGGGCCUUGAAGGCCUGGUGCUGGCUUUCCUGGGGUGACUGCAAAGGCAUGAACCCCUCUGCCAUCCAGAAAACCCAGGCAAAGCACAAUCCCUAGCAGUGUGGCUCCCAAAGGCUAAAGAGGACCCCUAACUGCCUGCUUCUGGGAGUUCUGGGCCACUGUCCCCAUAGGAGCCAGCAGAAGCUGCAAAGGAAGGGACCCGCUGGGGCACUGCUCUGUGUAAGCUUCCUACCCUUCCCACGACAGCCCUGGGAGCUUUUGCCCCAGCUUCAUCCAGAAGGCCAGGCAACAGCGCCUGUCAAACAGCUUCACUGGCUGGGCAGGGCUGGCAGGUCCCCACACCCAUCUCAGGCCGACUCGAAGGGCCACCCUGACGUAGAGGCUGUGGCACACAGUUCAUAGAGGACUCUAACUGCCUAUAGCCUGUUUUGUCUAUAGCACCAAGCUUUGUCCUGCUGCCCAGACUGGCUCUGCAACCCCUGGACUAGCUCUGAGUUGACCCCAUGGCCUGGAGGAGAGUGAAGUACAGGGUGAUCUAAUGAUGGAUAGGAAGGGCACUGUAUCUCUACUGAGUGUGUGGGCUGUCAGCUUUGGUGUGGCCAGAGCCCGUGAGCUCAGGAUCGUAGCUAAACCCUUUACCCUGUAGUCCUGACCAUGUCCUGCUGCACCUACACUGUACCACUGUCCCUAGUUGGUAGGUGAAGGCAUGAGACACAGCGCCACGCUAGAAAAGCAGCUUUCAGAAGCCUGGACGCAGAAGGGCCUUGGACCACCCAUCCAUAGCGCCAGACGUUCAGAUUCUCUGUCCUCCAGGCCCCUAGUCCUAGGCUUAUGGGUAGACAGGGAGGGUUCCUUAGUUCCCAGAGCACUUCUGCUUCCCUCUGUUCUCUUCCUUGUUGGGCCAAUCAGAAGGUAGACCAGCAAGGGCUGGACUGUGGGAGGGCUGGCUGGCCUGUGCCGUCAGCCAGAACACACCAGGAAGUGCACAGCCUCCCUCAUGGCUCCACCCUUCAGUCAAGGAGCAUCUCCACACUCCCAGAGACCCAGUUUCUGGUGUGCUCAUAGCCCGGGCAGCCUCCAGCUGGCAGCUGGCUCCCACAAGACCCUGAGGCUGACGGCUCCAGACCCAGUAGGGAACAGAAGGUGGGCGCUUCCUGAGCUGCUGUCCCCUAACUGUGACCACAGCCUACAGAGGACAUGUCAGACUAUGAGAAUGACGACGAGUGCUGGAGUGCCCUGGAGAGCUUCCGGGUGAAGCUCAUCUCUGUUAUUGACCCCUCACGAAUCACACCUUAUCUGCGCCAGUGCAAAGUCCUGAACCCCGAUGACGAGGAGCAGGUGCUCAGUGACCCCAACCUGGUCAUCCGCAAGCGGAAAGUGGGUGUGCUCCUGGACAUCCUGCAGCGGACAGGCCACAAGGGCUAUGUAGCCUUCCUUGAGAGUCUGGAACUCUACUACCCUCAGUUAUACAGGAAAGUCACGGGCAAGGAGCCAGCACGUGUCUUCUCCAUGAUCAUUGAUGCAUCAGGGGAGUCAGGCCUGACGCAGCUGCUGAUGACAGAGGUCAUGAAGCUGCAGAAGAAGGUGCAGGACCUGACGGCGCUUCUGAGCUCCAAGGACGACUUCAUCAAGGAGCUGCGGGUGAAGGACAGUCUACUGCGCAAGCACCAGGAGCGUGUGCAGCGCCUCAAGGAAGAGUGCGAGCUGAGCAGCCGGGAGCUGAAGCGCUGCAAGGAUGAGAACUACGGCCUGGCCAUGCGCCUCGCGUGUCUGAGUGAGGAGAAGGGCUCGGCGCUCAUGCGGAACCGGGACCUGCAGCUCGAGGUGGACCGACUCAGGCACAGCCUCAUGAAGGCCGAGGAUGAUUGCAAGGUGGAGCGAAAACACACACUGAAGCUCAGGCACGCCAUGGAGCAGCGGCCUAGCCAGGAGCUGAUGUGGGAACUACAGCAGGAAAAGGCCUUGCUGCAGGCGCGGGUGCAGGAGCUGGAGGUCUCUGUACAGGUAGGGCUACCGGCGGCGGUGCGCACCAGGUCCCACUGCUGCGGCGGGGGCUUCGAGCUCGGCACACCGGCCGGUGCAACUGCGGUGGCCAGCCUUGCUGUCCUCUGCCACGUGCAGGAGGGGAAGCUGGACAGGAGCAGCCCCUACAUUCAGGUGCUGGAGGAGGACUGGCGCCAGGCACUGAAAGAGCACCAAGAGCAGGCCAGCACCAUCUUCUCCCUACGCAAGGACCUCCGCCAGGCUGAGACCCUGCGCGCCCGGUGCAUGGAGGAGAGGGAGACAUUCGAGCUGCAGUGCCAGGCCUUGCGCAAGGAUGCCAGGAUGUACAAGGACCGGAUCGAGGCUAUCCUGCAGCAGAUGGAGGAAGUCUCCAUUGAACGGGACCAGGCAAUGGCCUCGAGGGAGGAGCUGCAUGCACAGUGUGCCCAGAGCUUUCAGGACAAAGAUGAGCUUCGGAAGCAGGUUCGAGAGCUGAGUGAGAAGGCAGACGAGUUGCAGCUGCAGUUGUUCCAGAGCGAGGGCCGGUUGGUGGCCGCUGAGGGCAGACUCAAGCAGCAGCAGCUGGACAUGCUCAUCCUGAGCUCUGACCUGGAGGACACUUCACCCAGGAACUCCCAGGAGCUCUCACUGCCUCAGGACCUGGAGGAGGAUGCCCAGCUCUCAGACAAAGGUGUCCUGGCAGACAGGGAGAGCCCAGAGCAGCCCUUCGUGGCUCAGAGCAAGGAGCAGCUUUCACAAACCCAUGAGUCCCAGGGCGGCCUUGGGAAGGUCCACGGUGUCCAGCCGCCUGCCCCGUUCCUUCUGCAGGGCAUGGGGCCCAGCAGCAGCAGCGAGCCCCCGGAGAAGGAGCGGCGGCGCCUCAAGGAGAGCUUCGAGAACUACCGCAGGUGCAGGGCGGCGGGCAGGACGGCCUGGGAGGGUAGGACACCUGCGUGCACCUGCUUACACUGCGGGUCCCACAGGAAGCGGGCGCUCCGCAAGGCUCACAACAGCUGGCGACAGGACGAGGGGGACCGCGAGAACACCACAGGCAGCGACAACACCGACACCGAGGGCUCCUAGCAGCUCGCGCCGAGGCUGAGCAUCCGUGUAAUUGUGAAGGGAUGCUGCAUUUUUUUUUUACUGUACGCUACACAUGCGUUGUACAAGUAUUGGAAAAUGCAACUAAAUAAAAUGACCACCAAGCCGA